GAUAACAGUUGCUAGCCAAUACUCGUCUAGCUGGCUGGUUGACUGAUCAUUAUUGUACUACAGAAAAGCGUAACAGUUGAAGCUUUUAUGUUGACACCAUCCGAGCAUUAUACCUUCAUGAACCGAGUGAGUAUCGUGUUGACUCGCUCAUAACAUUCGUUAGCUUUUAUAACUUCAUGGAAAAACUCCCAUGGUUACAACCAAAGCUGAAUAAUCACAACUGAGUAUCUGGUGUCGGUAAACUGGGUCAUGUUGCGGUUGGACUGCAACGAUUCCUCCCCGGCAGCCAAGCAGAUCGAAAGACAGAACACGCCGAUAUUGAAUAGGAAGCAUCCGACUGCUGGUGCGUUAAUCCAAGGUAGUGAUGCUGGAAAAGGAAGACAGUUGCGUAUGAUUGGUCCGAGUCAUAAUCAAUCGAAUAAGUUGCAUUUGUCUUCAAAACCACGUAAUAAACUACACCGACUCAAGGGAAAUGAGAGCUUUGUGAAUAUAUUCAAUCGACGUAAUUCGGCAUCGUAUCAAAAUAUGUACGGGACACAUAUUCAAACACAGGGUCCGUCCGCACUUCAAUUACGGUAUCAGUUCUCUCCUGAUGCGUGCAGACGACCAGUUUAUGAACAAACAAUGCAUAAAACGGACGCACUAAGUUCAAUCAAGAUCUCGGAUACCAGAAGUCUUGCCCAGCGUGAGGUGCCCAAUCAGGAGACGUCUACGUCGGAUGUUCACGACCCUCGCAUCUACGUACGCCAUGAACAGCCAUUGGAUCUGUCAGUUAAACGACCAAGGUUGGCAAACAAGAAUUCACAACUUCUGCACUAUGUCAACGAACAAGAGCUUUUGCACCACUUCAAUUCACGGGAUCAGCUACCAGGAAGGCAUUCCAUAAGUAGGCCUAAUUCACGUGACAAUCGUAAGGAAAUCAUUCCGAAAGACUCGGAAACUAUUGAAGCGCAGAGAGCGUGGGCUGCAAUGGUGAAACAUCGACAACGUGACCAACAAUCGGAAUGCGCAAGACGCCUCGAACGUGAUAUGAUAAGGAAUGCAAUAAUCGGGAAAGUUAAUCAGCAGCGUACGUUCGACGCUCAAGCCAAUCGUGAACUAGGUGAAACGGCAUCAAAUGCGUCUUCGUCUGGUGUGAUCUCUCUUAAUAAAACAAUGUACAAAGGAGACGUUUCAAAGUAUGAUAUCAAUAAAACACAUCGACUGGAGCAACAGCGUCCACAUGGCGUUAAACGCUCGUAUCAGGCGAAUGAGCCUCGAGAAAAUGCAAAAAUUAAUGAAUUUAGUCCAAGAGUGGCUUACGUAGUUCCACGAAAGAAAGAUAGUUUACACAAUGAGAGAAGCUCACAAGAAAUGUGUGAUGACUCUCGAAUCAAAAGUAUGGUCCAAGCUGAUAUGGUCCGUGGCCGUACAUUUUUUCCUCCUGUGAUGUCGGUGGCUGAAAUGGCCAACCUACUACCAGAUAGUUAUCAUGCAACUUCUGCACAGACGCAGAAUGCACUCCUUCAAAGCAUGUACGCCAGGGUGAGAUAUGCCACAGAUCCAUCUGCAAUUGGUCUGAUUCAUAAUUCUAUGAUUGCAGGUAGAAAGAUUAAUAAACUUCUGAAAUCGCUGGACAAUGAAAAAUCCAAGCGAUCCGAAUCUGCUAAAUUCUGUGUCGCAUCGCGUGGAGGUUUAAAGGGCAUACGUCGACAGCAGAUGGAAGAGCUCAGAAGAACACGCAUGCGCGAUAGUGAUAGUUUGAAUGAUCAGUUAGAGUUGAACAGUCUAGGAAAAAUCACACCCAGAGCUUCUCAGGCAGAAGCAAAUCAUGCUGCGUUGACAUCUAUUUCUAAUCCAACUAGUUUCAGCCAAUUAACGCAACAGCGAUCACAUAAGGAACGACGUCGUGCGCAAACGCUGAAUCCGGGAGUAUUACCAGAGGUUCAACAGAGAAGUGGGAAUGUGAUUACGUCUACCAAGAGAUCAGAGGAAUCUAGAACUGGAGAAAACAGGUAUCAAGUGGUUAUUAACAAAAAACAUCAGCCAAUCAAAUUGAGUGUGACUCCACCAGUAUCCUAUCAAACCCCGACAAAAACUGUGAGUGCAAAGAAUUUAAACAUAUCAACGGGAAAGUUACCUCAAAGUAUCCAACCCGCACCUGCGUCUAUAAUACCGAAACGAAUGGCAGAAAAAAGGAUGAGGCAUGGUGUACAUAACAGGCACCGCGAUGAUACAAAGAGAGUUUUUCCAACCUCAUCCCCUGAGUAUGCACACUCGCCAAAAUCCGGGACUCUACCGGGUGUACUUCAUGACUAUCAUUUCCAAAGUAUGCAUUUCCGAAGCAGUAGAACAUCGGACAUUGACCCAUUGGGGGACAUGAUUCGCGCUGAAAUUGCACGAAAGAGCGUCCCAAAAUCUGAAUCGUCAUUUAGCAGAGGUCUCUUCCCAACUACGGAGAAAGAUUUGAAUCGCAGCACUCGGGAUAAAUACGAUAACAUGCGUAAUUUUGGACGUAUGAAUAUGACAUUAUCGGAACUUGCAAGGAGAGAUAUGUUGAAAAAACAGUUCAAGUUAAGUUGUGUAGAUACAAAGGGUACAAAGUCAACAGUUCAAGAAGAGAGGUGUGCAGAAAAGAUAAAGAUGAAUAAUCGUCGUAUGCAAGAGGAAUUAUUGAGAGGCAAAGACCGUGAAGUGCUCCAUAAUCCAUCUAAGUUCCCGACUAUAAACUCUUCACCCCUUACAUCCCCUAUUGCUGAUCAGCCUUCUCCACCGAUGCCUGUUCUGACACCCCAACGUGUAGUACAUCCAGACGAAGAACCUGUUCGCAGCGGUGAUUCUCCUAUACCUGUUCUAAAAGACGCGAGGCAUGAAGGGCCCGAUCCAUCGAUGCCGCUUAGUCCUUCACGGCACGAGUUUAGAUCCAUACAUAGCUCUUUAGAUGAAGAACUUUUGCGCAACAAUUUUCAACGCAGAUUUGAAAUGUUAAAACCUUGUGCAGCAUCAUUACCUACAAGGAACACAACACCCGAUUACAGGGUAAGCCUUAACAAUACCCCGCCAGAUAAUGUUUAUACUACAGGGAAAGUCAACUAUGGGGAAUCUGUCUCGCAAGCCACUAAGGCAGCACUGCAACAAAUUUUCCGAGAAGCCAACGACCAGGUCGUCAAUUUCCAGAAAUACAAACAGAAGAUGAGACUCAAUUUUAAUGAACAAGAUCAUAAUAUCUUUUCACGAUUAGGAAAUCUCCGCGAAGACAUCUCUCCUUCUGGAAAUCCUGGUUCUAAACGAAAUGCAAUGGAGGUAAUUGAUUUGACAGACUCUCGUGAAGCAUCACCUUCUCCAGUUUAUAGCAAUCAAUCAACGAACAGAAACAUAUCUUCUAUCUUACCAGGAAAAUUACAACAUCCACCAGUAGAAGAACCCAGAGAAAUUAUUUCUGCAAAAGCAACUCCUGAAUGUAGCGAAAGCAAUGGGAAUGAUUCUAAAGAACAAUGUCAAACAGAUUCGCAUCAGGAAGAAAAUGGAUCACAACGAUUGCCACAUGAUUCUCCAUUUAGAAAAGUCUACCGUGGAAUGAAGCAAAGAGUUAUGGCAAGUAAUUACCAAAAACUGCCCUCUCCUCUUGCUCAAGAAAAAUUUACUGCACGAUUCUCGGAUCCUAAUGUUCUCAGGCUCUCAAAAGAGGUACCAGUAUCUAAACAAAGUGUGGUUGUCGCUAAAACUGUUUGGCCAACAUCCCCUGAACCGGAACGUUUGUCAUUUACAAACGUAAAUGAAGUGCGUGAUACCGAUGAUGCUGUGGAUUAUUUUGGAAGGAGUGGGCCAGAGCAGUUGGAAGAUGUCAAGAUUCCUGCCAUACGGUUUCCACAGUCUGAAGACAUGGUGGAUCAAAUAGACCCAGUGAAACAUUCUAGGUCUCCUUCAGUGUCGCCCAGACGAGAUGGAAUUCAGAUGUUAGAUGCUGAUAUAAAUCUAAUGGAACAGCGUCUGAAGAACAUCAGUCCAACUGUGACCACUUUGACAGGUGAAACAAUCAUAAAACCGCCGAGGAAGCGACCGUUAGAGGUUUGUCGUUUGGCCAACUCUGAAGGGUAUGUUGCCGAGGUAAAGGGAGAAAAACACGAGGAUUUGUUGACAGAUUCUGGACACCUCGACCGUGAAGAACGUGCUUUGAAGGAACGUGACCAUGAUUGGCCAGGAGUAGAUACCACUUCUAAGCAUGUUCCUCUGAAUCGACGUGCUAUAUUGCAGUUUAAUCAGAUGGAAGCCAAAGAAAAAGAACUGACUAGGAGGCACGAGAAUGAUAUCGAGUGCAAUGAAGAUGACGUAGGCCCAUACAAAGAAGAUGACCAACAACAAUUGAUUGGAUCAACAGACGACAAUUACGACAACGUGUUCCCCGCUAAUGAUGAAGAGAUUGUAAACGGACAUCAUCAUGACAAGGAAUUCGCUCCAUUGGUGCUCAGACGGCGCACGCGCAAUGCAGGCGCACGUCUUGGGAGUGCGCAAAAACCUUACAACAAAAACGCCCGCUACGAACUGGAGAUAGAAAAGGAGAGAGUCAAGUACUGGGAAAGACGUCGCCAGCGGUCAACUUCAAUGAGCGUUAGUGAAGAUGUCGAGGAGGAAGCACCUCCAGCUAAACGUCGACCUGGACGCCCCCCGAAGAAGGAAAACGAACGUAAAGCCAGCACAAAUAGCAAUAGCACCGCACAGAUCUUGAGCGAGAAAAUCAAAAUGAAAUACAAAGGGUGCGGCCGUGGCAAGUAUCCACGCGUUCGAAGGAUUUCGGUAGAUUCGAGAAAAAGCAUUGACAAAGAUGUUCAGAGUAAUAUCCACACUAAGACAAUUUCGGAUGAAUAUGAAGCAGAUACUAUUACAGAAGAUGCCCCAAUGGCGAUAGGAGAACGCCGAAAGUCGUCCACGUCGUCUGCCGGGAGACGUUCGAUGCGGUGCGUAGUCGAUCCGAGUAACCACAACAAAAUCAAAUUCGUGGCCAUCUCACCCGACGGAGUGAAAGCUGAGAAACCACCAGCGAGAACACCAGGUCGUAAACGAAAGAUAAAAACCAAACAUCUCGGUGACAUGUUGGAAUGGCCUGACCAGGAUGGGGGAGAUGUAGCUGAACACAGGGAUUUCGACGAAGAAAAUGUCGUCAUCAAAAGCGAGGAAGAAACGCUCGAAUUCCAGCGCCCCGAACCACCACCAGAUUUCCGUAAAAUUCUUGCCAAUAAGAAGUUGGGUGAGACAAUUUUACAUCGAGCUGCCAGACUAGGCUAUGACGAUGUUGCCAUUUAUUGUGUGGAUUACUGUAUACUGGACAUAAACGCCAAAGACAACGCCGGAUACACGGCACUGCACGAAUGUUGUGUACAUGGUCGCCUUAAGAUUGCUCACAAACUACUGUCCCACGGCGCUGACGUCAACGCAGGCGCUGUCGAUGGGACUAGGCCAAUCCACGAUGCCGUAGAUAACGACCAUUUGGAGGUGGUUCGCCUACUAUUAUCGUUUGGUGCCGAUCCGCUGCUGGCGACUUAUUCGGGACGAACAACUUUAAAGCUGGCACGUAGCAAGGACGUCCGCUCUCUCCUUUUAGGUUUCCUAGUUGAUGUCAAUGGAACGUGGGAAAUGGGAGAAGACGAGGAACCUCUGACAGCCAAAGACCUUAAGUGGCAGUUCAGUGGGACUUUUUUCGAUGACACAAGAGACAGUGGUUAUAACAUCUUCGAAGACAUUCCAGGACCCGACAGUGAUGGCGAAGAUAACUUUGAACUUGAGAUGGAGCUCAGUGACUCUCCUCACCUACAGACUUUCAACAUGCAGGUGGAUGAAACCAAAGGACCCCGAAACUGGUGCCUGUUUUCGGAUGUCAGCAAAACUGUCGGCAUGUCCCGUGACAAAUUCGAAGUUAUGCAUCCCACAAUACCCAUCGUGCGCGUAUGUGGAGAAGAACUUAAAAAAUCCCUAUGUGAAAGUCAGGUGGCGUCAUGUGUUGAUGACGUGGACGUAAACAACAAAUUUGAACUAGUUGAGCUUAAUGAUGACGUAAGACAGCUGCUGGGUGUGGAGAUAUUGUGUAUAAAAUAAGUAUUUUUACGCUCAGGAUGGAGAUAGUGUGUUAAGAUAAGGAAUUUACGAACCUUUGCGGCUCAGGAUCUAGAUUGUACAGUUACAAGGAAUUUACGAACCCUUGCUGCUCAGGAAACAAUUAUACAUGUAUACUGUAUUCGUAUAUAUACUUACAUUCCAAAGAUCGAAGAAAAUGUUUUGGGAGUGCGUGGACGAUAAUUCGACAUCGAAACAAUUUAGAUUUGAAUUUCGUCUUCUUGAAACAGUAAAUGAAUGAAAGGAAAUCUGUAUUAAAAACUAUGUUCACUUUAAAAACGGUAUGGAAUACAGAGAUACAACUCAGAUUUAUGGAACAUGGAUCAUUAAUAUUGGAUAUAUACUGUAGGACGCAUUGUUUUUUAUGUGAAUCUGUACCUAUGUUGAUACUCAGAGAAAUGGAUGAAAUACGGGAGUUUAGUUUUACUCAUCAGUAAACAGAGUGCAUUUGACAGCUUUCAUCUGCGCACGCGCUAUCAAACCAUGUACGAAUGGUGCCGUUUCCGCAUACUGUACUGACUGAUACCGCAAUGCGCAACUGCAAACGGGCAACUUUUUUAAUGCUUUGUUUAAAAAGUUUAUCAAUCUUCAUUACGUUAAUGAAAAGAAACAUUUUCUUUUUAUAUUCAGUUAUGUUUGUUAAAAUAUUUUGUAUGAUUUUUCUGAAGGGUUCAAAUUUUGUAGAAAGGAAAAGACCUAGUCAUGAUGAAAAACCAAAUACGUAUCACAGCCCAUCAAGUUAAAGAAUUUUUUAACAAUACAAUUACGGACGUAUAGGACGUCUAAUCACCAAAUUCAAUCUAUUUGACGCUUACUCAUCAAAUACCCAAAACGCCUUGCCCGUAAUAAUUUCUUAUUUAGUUGUCUGUUGAAUCUGAAGUAUACAGACAAUAUUAGUACAUAGAGACCCGCCCACGGGCAGAUGACUUCAUUUGUCAAAUUUCUAAGUAAAAACAAUAGACGACGGGUACUGUAAAAUUGUAUAUUUCCUCAAUAGCUCUUCCUGAUUUAUGCAAAACGUCCUUUCGUCAUAAUAUCUACCGGAAUUUCAACUCUACUCUUUUGGCUAAAUACCAAUAUCAUUCACUUGCGUUUUAAACAAAAUUUAUUCAUAACAUUCAAACUCAGCUCCUUCUAAUUACAGUACGCCAUGUUUAUUGCUUAUUACAGUAUUUACUUAAAUUUUUAACUAGACCGUAUGCGGGCCAGUAAGGUACCCGUUGUAAACAUUGUAUAGACCGAUUAAUUCAUUCAUAAAUAUCAGAUUAACGUCAUUAGAUGCUUUAUAAGGAGUUCAUUCUGUUCAUUCUUCAUCAAUUUGUUUGGUUUUAUCAUUCAUUGAUUUUUUUAUCCGGUGUUGUUUUCAAAUUUAGUUUUAAUUUUUUGUUUUAAUACAAACCGAGUUUGGAUACGUUCGUUUGCACUGUUUUUUAUACUUGUGGCUAAGGCCUGUUUACCAUUUUUAAAACCACUGUUCAGCAUAAUCAUAUUAAUAAAUUACGUACGUGUUAAUUCGUUCCAAGAUCCCGAGAAGUACUAUGUGGGAUUAGGUCUAUAAUUAUGAGUUGUUUUGUGUUUUUGGCCACUUAGUUUUCAAACAGGCCAAUUGUCGUUCGUGUUUGUCAACUUGAAAAGAUAAGAAAAGCCGUUGAGAUUUAUGCAGUUUGUACAGCAGUUAAGAAUAAAUUUAUUUUCACGAAAUA